UGGAGCACAGGGCCAGGGCUGGCUCUUGCCGAGCCCCCGGUCCCCUCUAGCCUCGUCUCCAGAGAGGGAGAGGCUCAUGCCCGGCAGAGCCUUGCCGGGUCCUACCAACUCCCCACGCCCACCAUGCCUCUGCUGGACGUUUUCUGGUCUUGCUUCAGGAAAGUGAAGUGCUUUCCACUGCUGCAAGUGAGGAAGAAUGCUGAAGCUGAGGCUAAGAAAGCUUGUGAAUGGCUCCGAGCAACAGGAUUUCCUCAAUAUGCUCAACUUUUUGAAGAAGGUGCAUUUCCCCUGGAUAUCAGCUCUGUGAAGAAGAACCACAGAUUUCUGGACGAGGACUCUCUGGGGGCCCUGAGCAGGAGGCUGAUGACCUUGAAUAAUUGUGCCUCAAUGAAGCUGGAGGUUCAUUUUCAAUGCAAGCAGAAUGAAGACUCAGAAGAGGAAGAGCAGUGUACCAUCAGCAGCCACUGGGCCUUCCAGCAGGAAAGCAAGCAUGCAUCUCCCAUGGGCUCCUGUGCCCUGCUGGCCCCACCAAGCCCUAGCUUGCUGGGGACCUCAAGCUGUGAGAGUGUCCUCACUGAGCUUAGCAUCACCUCCCUGCCAACCAUCACCGUGAGCCUUCCACCUGAGCCAGCAAACCUGUCCUUGCUAGGCCAUGUCCCCAGCCCAAAUGAUCAGCCUCGCCUCAGCCCCACUCAGGGCCAGGAGGGUCCCCAGGAUAAAGCUAAGAAGCACCGUUCCCGUAGCUUCCUCAAGCACCUUGAGUCUCUGAGACGGAAGGAAAAGUGUGAUAGCCGGCAAACAGAGCCUGAGCGAAGCGCAGCCACCUCAGAGAAGGCCACCAAAGGCUCAUCUUUCCGCAGUUGCCGUGGCUUCCUCUCGGCUGGAUUUUACAGGGCCAAGAACCGAACAGCCACCUCAGCUGGGGGCAGAGAUGGUGAGACUCGGAGGGUCUGGGAAGCUUGGCCUGUGGCCACGUUCCGAAGUCCUCAGCAGGUACACCGAGGUAACUGCCUGGUGCAUGUGCCUGGGGAUCAUAAGCCAGGCACAUUCCCUCGCUCUCUGUCCAUUGAGAGCCUGUGUCCGGAGGAUGGACAUCGCCUGGCAGAUUGGCAGCCUGCUAGGCGCUGGGGCUACGAAGGGCGCCGGGGCUCCUGUGGUUCAACUGGCAGCCAUGCGAGCACUUAUGACAACUUGCCUGAACUGUACCCAGCUGAACCUGGCCUGGCUGGGGCAGAGGCUGAAGAUGAGGAGAAGGAUGGGAUUAGCUAUGCCCACUUAGAUGACAUCCUCCAGCAUGUGUGGGGGCUACAGCAACGGGUAGAACUCUGGUCACAAGCCAUGUACCCAGACCUGGGGCCUGGGGGUAAGGAAGAAGAAGAGGAGGAGGAAGAGGAAGAGGAGGAAGCUACUUCAUCGGUGGAAAUAGCCACAGCUGAGGUGGAAGGCCAGGCUGAGGCUCUGGUCCAGGCAGAGACUCCAGCCUAUGGCAAGUUCUCAGCCCAGGUCCAGGUUGAAGUCCAGCCAGUGAUCUCAGCACAGACCCCAGCCGAGGCUGAAAUGUUGGCACAGGCAAAGGCUGAAGCCCCAGCCAUGGCCCAGGACAAUGAUCAAGAAGCAAACUCAGCUGGGGAACCCACCUCUGCCUCUAGUCUGUCUGUGGAAGGACACUCCAUUUCUGACACUGUCGCCUCCUCCAGCGAACUUGACAGUAGCGGAAACUCCAUGAAUGAGGCUGAGGCUGCAGGGUCCCUGGUGGGACUCCAGGCAUCAGUGCCCCGUGAACGGCGUGAUUCAGGCGUUGGGGCCUCACUUACCAGACCCUGCAGGAAGCUCCGUUGGCACAGCUUUCAGAACUCCCACCGGCCCAGCCUUAACUCAGAGUCACUGGAAAUCAACCGACAGUUUGCAGGCCAGAUCAAUCUUCUGCACAAGGGCUCACUGCUGAGGCUCACCGCCUUCAUGGAGAAGUACACUGUGCCCCACAAACAGAGCUGGGGCUGGUCAGUACCCAAGUUUAUGAAAAGGAACAAGACCCCGGACUACCGGGGACAGCAUGUAUUUGGGGUGCCACCUCUCAUCCAUGUGCAGCGCACAGGCCAACCAUUGCCACAGAGCAUUCAGCAAGCCAUGCGCUACUUGCGUAGCCAGUGCCUGGACCAGGUGGGCAUCUUCCGCAAGUCUGGGGUUAAGUCCAGGAUCCAGAGCCUGCGUCAGAUGAAUGAGACCUCCCCUGACAAUGUCUGCUACGAGGGCCAGUCGGCUUACGAUGUGGCUGACCUGCUAAAGCAGUACUUCCGGGAUCUGCCUGAGCCCAUCUUCACUAGCAAGCUCACCACCACUUUCCUGCAGAUCUAUCAGCUCCUCCCCAAGGAUCAGUGGUUGGCAGCAGCGCAAGCUGCCACUUUGCUGCUCCCUGAUGAAAACCGGGAAGUGCUACAGACCCUGCUCUACUUCUUAAGUGACAUUGCCUCUGCUGAGGAAAACCAGAUGACAGCUGGCAACCUGGCAGUGUGCCUGGCACCCUCCAUCUUCCACCUCAACGUCUCCAAGAAGGACAGCCCCUCACCCAGGAUCAAGAGCAAAAGAAGCCUGGUUGGCCGGCCAGGUCCUAGGGACUUGAGUGACAACAUGGCUGCCACCCAGGGCCUAUCACACAUGAUUAGCGACUGCAAGAAACUUUUCCAGGUACCCCAGGACAUGGUGGUGCAACUGUGUGGCUUGUAUAGUGCUGCUGAGCUCAGCCCUCCUGGCCCAGCCCUGGCUGAGUUGCGGCAGGCACAGGCAGCUGGGCUGAGCCUGAGUCUCUACAUGGAGGAGUGCGUGCAGGAGCUGCUGCGGGAUGCUGCUGAGCGCUUCAAAGGCUGGACAAGCGUGCCAGGGCCUCAGUGCACGGAGCUGGCCUGCAGGAAGGCACCAGAUGGGCACCCACUGCGCAUAUGGAAGGCAUCCACAGAGGUGGCAGCCCCUCCAUCUGUGGUCCUCCAUCGUGUCCUACGGGAGCGGGCCCUUUGGGAUGAAGACCUGCUACGGGCCCAGGUGCUUGAAGCAUUGAUGCCAGGGGUGGAGCUGUAUCACUACGUUACUGACAGCAUGGCACCCCAUCCUUGUCGUGACUUCGUGGUGUUGCGGAUGUGGCGUUCUGACCUGCCUCGUGGAGGGUGCCUGCUUGUUUCCCAGUCCCUGGAUCCCGAGCAACCAGUGCCAGAGUCGGGGGUGCGGGCCCUCAUGCUCACUUCCCAGUACCUAAUGGAGCCUUGUGGCCUGGGCCGGUCCCGCCUCACACACAUCUGCCGUGCUGACCUCAGGGGCCGUUCUCCGGACUGGUACAACAAAGUCUUUGGGCACCUGUGUGCCAUGGAAGUGGCAAAGAUCCGGGACUCCUUCCCUACACUGCAGGCAGCUGGCCCUGAGACAAAGCUGUGAGCCUCAGGCUGCCAUUGCCCAGGCUCCCUGGCACCAUGGGAGCAAGUAGGAAAGAACAAGAGCAGCCCCCAAGGCUGCUACCAGGGGCAGAGCCAGGCUUGGUGGCUCCAGCUGCCUAUCCCCUUACUUCCUAAUGCUCUGUACAUCCAGGGGAGGGGAAGAGAGGUAGAGAAGUUAGGUGUCCCAUGUCCAUACCACUUUCAUCCCCAAUGCUGCAUUCUGCUCUCCCAAGAGAAAAGAAUCACGUUAAUAGCAAGAAGACCGCUGCUGCCUACCCCUGCCAGGAGGCCCUCACUCAGCCUGGAGCCCCAGCAGCCCCCACCUGCAGGGGGAAGGGGGGUGGAGAGCAGUGUGUGGGCCCAGCUCUCUGCCACAGCAAGAGGC